GCUAAGAAAAGACACAAAGUUCUUGCAGUCUAUCUUUCUGUGGCAAAUUUGCCUGCACAUGUGCGGUCCAAUACAGAUCACAUGUCCCUUGUUUUAUUGUGUAGAGAGAGUGACCUAAAACAGUUUGGAAGUGCUAAAGUUUUCUCAGAAAUGCUAGUUGAUUUAAAAAAUCUGGAAGAACAUGGAAUAACUGUUGGUGGUGAAACAGUCAAAGGGGCUCUGUAUUGUAUUGCGGGUGAUAAUUUGGGGUCACAUAGCAUUGGUGGGUUCACUGAAAACUUUAGCCAUUCUCAGUACUUUUGCAGAUACUGUGAAAUUACAAGAAGUGAGUUUCAGAAUGAUGACCCAAAUGUUUGUGGUCCACAGCGCACCCCUGAAAGCUAUGAUUCUGCACUUCUACAAGCUGAAGACGGACAAGGCAGCAAAGGCAUAAAGGCCUGACAUGGAGCAAACAUUUCUACGCAGUGCCAUAACUGAGGUCCUUCCUGACCUUUCACAGAUGACUAUAGAUAUUAUAGAAGAGCAUUUACAAUCCCUUGGGGUUGAGACAUCUGAUGACUUUCAGUUUAUUGAGGAAGCUGAUUUGGUGUCAGCAUUGAUGCCCAUUCAAGCCCGAAAACUACUUGCUGCUUGGAAGCUAAAAUGCCUGACUCCUGAAACGAGCAGUUCAUCUGCUGUUGCUUCACCUGGACCUCCCGUAUCCUUGGAGUCGAUUUCACCCAGAAGUUCAUCCUCAACCUCUUCGAACAACUGCCAAAGCCCUGACUGGGUCGAUACAUUUAUCAUACCAUGGGAAAAGUUCCCAGAGGAACUGAUUCAGUCAUUAGAGAGAGGGAAACGACCAAAUCCAAGAAUGAGAAGGGAGAUGGUCCGAAUCAUGGUCUCUGAGAUGAUGCAAAAAACUGCUUGCAUAAAUAAAAGGAGCUGUAUGGAAGUUGCCAAAAAAAAUGGUGGCAAAAUAUCCUAAGUCUUUGCAAGACAUAAUAGAGGGAGAUGUGAUUGGGCCAGGGUACCAUUCUCUAGUCAAGCAGCUGCAAAAUAGGAUAGAGAAUAUGAAGCGAUGUACAACCCAAAAAAUAAGAAAAAGGAAGCAUCGCAGUGAAGAUUAUGACACAGACGAAGUCCCUCCAGAGCAGAGAGCAACAGUCCAGGACACCUAUGGGUGCAUUAACUGGGAUUUAAAAUUCCUGCCCCUUGGAGAGACUGUCGAGAGCCAGCAAGAACAUAAAGAAAAACUGAAGAUGAUGUCUCAGCAAACUGAUGUGAAUCCAGAAGAGGUCAAACUUCUGAUGAAGCUGACUUUCUACACUCAACGAAAACAUGUGAACCAGGGGGAAAAUAUCAAGAACCUCCUUAAAGAGUGGCCGUUUUUGUUUGAUGACCUUGGUAUGGCAGUCCACUUUCAAGAACUUACCGGAAUUGGGCUGAAAGAAGCUUUCACACGGAAUCUGGAUCUAAAGGGGAAGCGGCUCCUCAGCUACAUGAAGACUGUUUGUGUGAACAAGAGCAGAAAGUUCCUAGAGGCGCUAACAAAGUAUCAAGUAAUGAGGGGGGAGCUGAGUGGUUGCUCGGAAGACCUCAAAGAUAUGGUGUUGCUCCUGCUGUCGUACUUUGAUGAAAAGGAAGAUGCCAUAUUCUGUUAUGUGGAGGACACAUGCUUGGCAGGGGAAGUACACAUGGACCGAGUUCCCCUGACUCCCACCAUUGUUGUGUGUGGACGAUCCUGCUAUUCUGCAAAACGCUUCAUGCUGAGUGUGGAUCAAAACAUUGUACAGGACAACAUCCCCUCCUUCAUGUCUGUCCUGUGCCUGAUGUUUGGGAGCUACUAUUGCUUGCAUAUACAUUAUCCAUCCUGCCUGGCAUCAACCCUGGAGUUUCUGCAGCGGUGUUUUUUCCUCCAUCAACCCGGAGAAGGGCACUAAAAUAGAGAAGACAAAAAGAUCCCGUCUUCAUUUGAACCCCCGAGUCCUUACCUUGAUUCAAGAGCUUUCAGAUUACGAGUGGAUUGA